GUUUGGUUGGGCACUCGGCACGUGGCACUCGGUACUCGGCACUUGGCAGCCUCAAUCUCAGCUCUGCCUGCUUCAAAUUUAUUAGCAGAACUUGACGCCGUCGCCCCGGCAUGACCACCGCUAUACCAGUAGCGUUGUCUGCAGCCGCCUUCUCGGCUGCUCCUAAACCAGCAACUUCCCCUUCCAAAUUCAAACCCAAAUCCCCCUCGCCCCGUGGGAGAAUUCUUAUUUCUCUCCCCCAUCGUGCCGGUAGUUUGCAUGGGUCGUCUCCCAUCGGGAAUGGACCGCCUUCUUCCUUCAAAUCCCUGGCCCUCGGAGAAGGCUCCGGGAGUUCGUCUCCGGACCAGACAGUGGUAUAUGAAGGAGCAUAUGGCCCUUGGAGUGUCGAAUCGUCCGACGUUCGAGAGGUGAUCUUAUAUAGGUCAGGUUUGGUCACUGCUGCUGCAUCAUUUGUUAUUGCUGCUUCUACAGCCUUUCUUCCUGAUGACUCUUCGUUGAGUGGCUUAAUAAAAAACAAUCUGGAUUGGCUUUAUGCCUUUGGAGCCGGUGGGCUAGGCUUAUCAUUGUUGUUGAUUCACAUCUAUGUAACAGAGAUUAAGCGCACUCUUCAAGCAUUAUGGGCACUUGGUGUUUUAGGGUCCUCAGCAACAUAUAUAAGCCUUGCUCAACCAGCUGGUGAGAACUUGAUACAAUAUGUUGUUGACAACCCAACAGCUGUCUGGUUUGUUGGCCCGCUCUUUGCAGCAUUGACAGGACUUGUCUUCAAGGAAGGUCUCUGCUAUGGGAAGUUGGAAGCUGGUAUCCUGACAUUUGUCAUUCCUUCUGUCCUUCUUGGACACCUGAGUGGUCUAAUGGAUAACGGAGUAAAGACAACUCUACUGGGUCUUUGGAUGGCACUGUUCAUAAUUUUUGCCGGGAGAAAAUUCACUCAGCCUGUUAAGGAUGAUAUUGGAGACAAGUCUGUUUUCAUGUUCAAUGCUUUGCCUGACGAGCAAAAGGCAGCCUUAAUUGAGAAACUCGAGCAACAAAAAUUCAGUCAGAAGCUUAAUUAGGCAGGACUUCACACGAAUGCAUUUUCUGUCUUGAGGAGGAUUUUCAGUGCAGAUAAUGUUGUCCGGGGCUUGCUUAGGUUGGGAUCAUUUGUAAGUUUGUUUGAACACAUGCCAUCCUUGUGUCGCGUAUGAAUACCAACGCAUCCACAGUGCCAGCCAUGGUUAGGGUGAACAUCCGACAAGUUGAUGCACAAUUAAUUGUAAAAACUUUUAAUUUCUUGCUGUAUUCAGGAUGCUCGCAUCGCGGACAAAGAGUAGAUUGAGUUGAGAGGAGGAGGAGGAUGAAGGACAGGUAGUUCUAGAUAUGAAGAAGCAAAAUAAAGAAUGCUAUGAUAGAAAGAGAACAGAGGGGGCAAAGAAGAUGGGCAUGCUGCUUUUGUAAAUGGAUUGCAUGUCUAUUUUUCAGCAGCCAGAUAUGGGUGCAGAUAGAGAUCACUGACUAGUUCAAUAUAUAUGUAAUUGACCUUAAGAGGCUUGAUAGGUGCUUGAUAUGAUUAUGUUGGUUUUGAUUAUAGAAUCAUCUGUCCAAUUUCCUGCCUAAUGUCAUCCCUGGGGAAAUUGUUUUUCCUCCAAGUAAAUGGCCCAAAAAAUAAAAUACUAUUUUUACUUAAUGUUGCAUCUUCACAUCACAAUAAUAAAAUAUUAAUUCAA